CAAUUCAUUCAACUUUUACGAAGUCGAGGCUCCACGAAGUUAUACAAAAGACAUAUCUCUCCACUCCUCAACCUCGAAAUAGUUACUAUCGUGAAGAUGUUCGCUCAAUCCGCCGCCCGCGCCAGCCCGCGCAUCACCUCCCUCAUCAGCCGUAGGGCUUUCCACGCAACCCGAGCUCGUCUCUCCUCGCCGUACCACUACCCUGAGGGUCCCUACUCAAACUUGCCCUUCAACACCAAGACCCGAUUCUUCGCCGUUCGAUACUGGCUAUACAUGUUCACCGGAUUCUUCGCCCCCGUCGGUAUUGCCGUCUGGCAAACCAAGAAGCCCAAGGCUUAAACAUCGGGUGUUUCAUGGGCGGUGAUAC